AUGCCCCUCGACACAUCAACCUACAACCUUGCGCUCCUGCGCAUCGACGGUCGCAGAUGGAACGAGCUACGCCAAUUGCGCGGCCAGAUCCGGACGCAGGCCGCCGCCGACGGAUCUUCAUACCUCGAAAUGGGCAAUACGAAAAUCAUGUGCGUGGUUACCGGCCCCAGCGAAGACGGAAAGCGACGUAACCAAGGCGCCUCCUCUGCCUCCGCCGCUGGUUCCAGCUCAUUAACUUCUGCUUCGACAACCAAUGCUGCGGAUAUCUUGGUUAGUGUUGUGGUCGGCGGGUUUAGUACCGUGGAUAGGAAAAAGAGGGCAAGGAGCGAUAAGCGCAUCCAAGAACUCCAAGCUACUCUCGCUAAAUCCCUAGCCGCGGUCCUACACACGCACCUAUUCCCGCGCUCUACUAUAUCACUAUCCCUACAUAUCCUAUCACAAGACGGUAGCCUCCUGGCCUGCCUCAUCAACGCUGCGACUCUCGCGCUCGUCGAUGCCGGUGUCCCUAUGACGGAUUACUUAGUCGCCUGUAGCGCGGGUAGUACAUCCUCGCACUCGGCGGCUGACGAGAAUGCUGACCCGCUUAUUGACUUGAAUAACCAAGAAGAACAGGAAUUACCUUUUUUGACGGUCGGUACGUUAGGCGCUACUGAUAAGGUCGUCGUACUUGUCUGUGAGAGCAGAGUCCAGGUUAGUAGGUUGGAGGGAAUGAUGGUCGCGGCGGCGGACGGCUGUGCCAAUAUACGCGCGUAUCUUGAUUCGGUUGUGAGGGAUAAGGGACAUAGGAUGGUGACUGAAGGGGCGAUAGAGAAGGGUGCCAGUAUGGCUAUGGAUAUUGAUGCUUAG